GCCAACCUCGAUCCUCAUUAUACACACCUCAAUUCUCCAACUCCACGACGCUCUUUCGGUUCUAGCAACUUCUUGACCUCCUCCCUUGUACAUAGCGACCCGCAUCUAGACAAAGACCUAGCCCCAGCUAGGCAACGAAACCAAGAUGGUGUCCGCAAUCCAGGAACAGCGCGAUAUUAUCUUGGAUGCCAUUAAAUCAAUUACUCGGGGAGACUGGAAAGUGCUGGUCAUUGAUGAAACUGCCAAGAAGAUUAUAGACAAUGUUGUCAAAGAAGACGACAUUCUCAAUGAGAAUAUUGCUAAUAUCGAGAGGAUCGAGGAGAAGAGAGAGCUCAACCCGGACAUGGACGCCAUAUACCUAUUAUCUCCACAACCCCAUAUUGUCGACUGUCUUAUGGCAGACUUCGAGCGCCGAAGAUAUCGAAAAACAUUCCUCAUAUGGACGGCUCUCCUCGACCCCCAGAUGCGCCGGCGCAUCGAUGUUUCGAGGCAGGCUCAGGAACAACUGGCCGGGUUCGAGACAUUAUCCAUAGAUUUCUUCCCCCGCGAGUCACAUUUAGUUACUUUCAGAGAUCCAUGGAGCUUCCCUAUUCUCUACCACCCUGCAUGUAACAAUCUUGUCCGCGAUCAUAUGCAGAUAUUGGCACAAAAGAUAACUGGAAUUUGUGUUUCGUUAGGAGAAUACCCAAAAGUUCGAUACUAUAAACCUCGAUUUCCCUCGCAUGAAGCAGCAGUUCUUUGCUCGCACUUAGCAAGGUUCGUACAAGAAGAGCUCGAUGCCUACGCGAAAUGGAACCAAGAUUUCCCACCACCUGCCUCUCGACCACAAGGUGUUCUGGUUAUCACAGACCGUGCUAUGGACAUAUUUGCACCCUUAUUGCACGAAUUCACGUAUCAAGCCAUGGCACAUGAUUUAUUGCCUAUAAAGGAAGGCGACAAAAUCUACUACAAGACCGUCGUCAACUCCGGAGCCGCUGAUCAAGAGGAGAAGGAGAUGGAGAUAGGAGAAAAGGAUAAGAUCUGGGUCGACAAUAGGCACAGACAUAUGAAAGAUACGAUCGAGAAGUUGAUGGGAGACUUUCAGAAAUUUAUUGACGAGAACCCACAUUUCACCAACUCGGAAGGAGAUGCAACAAGUCUGAAUGCGAUCAAAGAUAUGUUGGCUGGACUACCCCAAUUUCAGGAACUAAAGGAGGCAUACUCGUUGCACCUCAGCAUGGCACAGGAGUGUAUGAACAUUUUCCAGCACCAGAAACUACCAGAUAUUGCUUCAGUUGAGCAAUCUUUAGCAACUGGUCUUGACGAGGACUUCCGGAAACCAAAGAACCUUGCAGACCAAGUAGUCCGACUACUCGACGAUGAAAAUAUCGGGCCGUCUGACCGGUUACGAUUGAUUAUGCUAUACAUCAUUUGGCGUGACGGUUUAAUCGGGGAAGAUAUCCAACGACUCCUAGCUCACGCAUCACUUCCACCACAAGACGGAGAGGUCAUCACAAAUCUCGAACUGCUCGGAGCUCAUCCAACCAAGGCGCUGAAAGAAGUCCGAACACCGCCACAGCCGGUCUUUCCAAGAAAGACUAGCCCAACGGCCCAGAGCGAAGAGUAUGCACUAUCACGGUAUGAGCCAAACGUAAAGUUGAUGCUUGAAGAACUUACAAAGGGGACGCUUGAUCAAACAAUCUUCCCAUAUGUGAAGCCUCCACUCGAUAACUCAGAAGAACUAGCUGCGCAAGCACAAACAUCACUUCGGAGUGCAAAACCAACCUGGGCCAAGAACCGAAUGUCGACAGUGGAAAGUCGACAGAGGUUGAUUGUAUUUAUGGCUGGUGGCGCAACGUACUCAGAAUCUCGCGCCUGCUAUGAAGUUUCAAAAACAAGUGGGCGUGACGUCUUCCUAGCUACUAGCCACAUGUUCACGCCAGCACUUUUUGUGAGGCAAGUUGGAGAUCUAAGUGUGGAUCGAAGGAGGCUGGAUUUACCUAUGGACAGACCAAAACCCAAAGCUCCAGCACAUCUGUUCCAGUCAAACGAACCCCGACCUGCAGCACUUCCAACUGGACCAGGACCCAGGCAGGGCAUGGGGUUACCUGGAAGACCCGGCGCAUUACCAAAGAGUCCCGGAGCUCCUCUUCCCCCACAGAAAAGUCCAGCAUAUGAUGUUCACGGCAAUUCAUAUGAUAGACCAUCACCUCAGCCCCCAACAGCCGGUCUGGCUGCUAUGAGCAUGAAUACUGGAGGGAAACCAAUCCAGUUGAACGGUGCUAAUGGUGCCGACACAUCUGGCAAAGGGAAGCUUGAGAAGAAGAGCAAACACAAAGAUGAGAAUGGUGAAAAGAAAAAAAGAGGCUUCUUCCACAGGUGAGGUUUUGCAAGCAUGGUACUUCUAUCACUUGGGAGCAUAUUCAGCAUUGCUUUAGUGGCUGCAUAGGUGUUUAUUGGCUGCAAAUCUUGGAGGAGUUAGAGGAACAUAACGCUGUAUCUGCCGGAGACCGGACUGAGCAGGAGCUAGCAGAUACCAUGACGACAUGAACCAAUGUAGACUAAUAAUACAUCAACGCUCUAGGCUUUUGUCUGAGG